AUGGCCUUUGCCGCUGUUGCCCGUAGCACCCGGGUUGGCCUCUCCUCGUGGAGGGCGAGAAACAUCUACUCAACCAUGGCGCUCAACCGGGGCUUCUCAUCUUAUCUCGUCACACCAAAGGAGCUCCAUGAAGCUCUCAAGAAGAACCCUCCGUCAUCAAUCAGCACCGACCCUCGGGUGAUCCCGCUAUGUGCAUCCUGGUUCUUGCCCAACGAUGAACGAUCUGGCAUUCAAGUCUUUAGAGAGCAGCGCAUUCCAAAGGCUCGCUUCUUUGACUUGGACAAGGUUAUUGAUAAGCGGAGUCCCUAUCCACAUAUGCUUCCUGACGCGAAAGGAUUUGCUGCCGCAUUGAGCGAAUUGGGCAUCCGAAAGGAAGAUACCGUUGUUGUCUACGACACCAAAGAACUUGGCAUCUUCAGUGCCCCGAGAGUUGGUUGGACCUUCAGGAUAUUCGGACACCCCAAUGUUCACAUUCUCAACAAUUUCAAAUUAUGGGUUGACGAAGGCUUGCCUACAGAAUCUGGAGAGCUCUACAGUGUAGAGUGCUGUCAAUAUCCUAUCCCCAAGCUUGACGGGAGCAAGGUAGCAAGCUUUGAGGAUGUCAAGGAGGUUGCUCUAGAUUUCAACAAGGAGGGCUCCGAGGGCGUUCAAGUUCUGGAUGCCCGGCCGAAUGGACGAUUUACUGGAAGAGACCCAGAGCCGCGAGAGGGCCUCUCAUCAGGGCAUUUGCCAGGCUCCAUCAGCUUACCUUUCAGUGCCCUUCUGGACCCCCAGACGAAGGCUUAUCCCUCACCGGAGAAGCUGCGCAGCAUACUGCAAGAGAAAGGCGUUGAUUCCAGCAAACCUAUUAUUUCGAGCUGCGGCACUGGUGUCACUGCUUGUGUCAUUGAGACUGCCUUGGACGUUGCGGGAUACGGCUCACCAGAGUCUCGAAAGGUGUAUGACGGAAGCUGGACCGAAUGGGCUCAGCGAGUCAGGCCGUCGGAUAAUCUUAUCUUGAAGAAUGCGUAA